AAAAAGCCACUGAUUACGUUAUCGUUGACUCGUUGCGUCACAACUUGAGAAUAAGGAUGUGCGGUAAUCAGAACUUUGCAGAUUCCCGCCAUCAGCCGCCAUUUCCCACAAACGUCCAAGUUUGGAAACCAUUCCACAUGCCGUUGACGGAGUGCAAAACGGAAGAAGAAACAAAAAUACGAAAAUGUUGCGCAACGUUGUUCAGCACAUACGACUUGUCAAAUAUUUAUCCCGUCGUCCAAACUCGUCAAGACUCGAAUUGUUUCUUCCUGUCCCGAAUAGUUUUCCCCCUGGUGUUAGGCGUUGAACUGAUCAUGCAAAAGGGAGAACGAGUGACGCACACUGCGAAAAUGUUUUGGCCCGUGGUUAUGAUGAAAGAUAACUCGAGGUUUGUUACGCUGAUGGUGCUGAUUUUUGCGGAAUUAGCGGCUCCGGAAACGACAGCAGCGCCGGAAACUACGACCACGGAUUUUGCAGACUUUUCCGAUGCCAGCACUUCGAGUUUCUUUGAAAGA